AAUAUAUAUAUAUAUAUAUAUAUAUAUAUAUAUAUAUAUAUAUAUAUAGAGAGAGAGAGAGAGAGUAUGUCUGCGGAGGAGGCAAGUGGUAAGUUGGACGAUGAUAGAAAUGACGAGAAGAAAGAAGGGGACAAAACGGACGUCAAGGUUUACAAACUCGAGCAGGUCAAGGACCAUAAAACAUGCAAAUCGCUGUGGCUGGUCAUUGACAACAAGGUUUAUGAUGUAACGGAGUUUCUGGACGAGCAUCCAGGAGGGGAAGAGGUUUUACUGGACCUCGGAGGGACUGACGCCACGGAACCCUUUGACAACGUGAGUCAUUCUUCCGAUGCCAGGGAGAUGAUGAAGAAAUAUUACAUCGGGGAACUUCACGAUGAUGACAAAACCAAGUGGAGCCCAUCUACCUGA